AUGAAAAAUCGUUUAUCAUCAUUAGGUAUGUCUGAUAAUACAUUUGUCAAUGAAAUUAGUGAUGCUGAAAAUAAUAACAAAUGGAGAAAAAAAAAUGAGAAACGAUACGGCGAUGCAUGUGAGGCUGUUGUCAUGGCACAAGAAGAAGGAAAACCAGCUGAAGAAAUCAAUCAUUUGACAAAUACUGCAGCUGAUCAAAAAUUCAAGGUCUGGCUUACUGCAUUUGUUGCGGAGAACGCCAGUGAUAAACGUGAUGCAAUUAUGAAAAAAGAUCUCCGUAAGCUUCAUUGUUGUUUUCACUUGAGAAUGAUCUAUUUCUUUUCGAAAUAUCAUAUUUCUCCAGAAUAUAGCCUUUUUGAGGUUUGACAAUCGACUUUUAAUAUUUAUUUAUCAGAAAAAUGUCAUUUUACAGUAUUUUGACUAUGAAAUCGUCAUUUCUUAAUGAAAUUCAAAAGAUUUUUUUUUUCUAAAAUGAUUAGCGUA